UACUCUGUUCUCAUUGCAUACAUUCAAGAAAUACUUAAGAAAGCAGACUUGACUUUAGGAGAUGAUGAAAGUUCUGUAUAUCUUUCGUUCCAGUUUCAAAUAGCAGAACUUUUGAGACAGAUAUGCUUAAUGUAUGACAACAUCUCUGAUUUCACAAGAUAUGAUGACGACCAUGACCCCGAACACGGUGAAGAAGAAGUUUUACAAACAUCCAUUAAGACAGGAAAGGUUUUAACACAAAGUCUCAUUAUUGACACCAAAGAUGGUGAAGUGGAUGUUCUUCAAGAGCUGAAGAAAAAUACUUCUGAAGGAGGUGGUGGUAGGCAUGAACUUGAAAUAAAUGAGAUAGAAGAGAAAUUAGCCGAAAAGGCAGAUAAAAACCAUGUUCAUUAUAUAAGUUCAGAUGAACAGAUUAUAACGGAUUAUCAUGGAUAUCUAACACAGGAUGAAGAAGUGAAGACGAAAGAUGUUAAUGAAAGAAGAUAUAAAUUCAUUCGUGCUAAAGGUUAUGACAUACGCUGUACUGUACAGUAUGACACAGGUAAAGCACCAGAAGCAUUUGGUUAUAACAAUGAAAUUUAUGCUUCAUACUUCUUUGUUAACGGUGUAUUAGUUGAACCAAGAUUUACAUUGAGAAUAAGUAGAAAAAUAACGUUUGAAGAUGCUAUUAAAAGUAAAGCUGACAAAGAUGAACUUGACGCAACGAACAAAGUUUUGAAAUCUCAUAAACACAAUAUCUCCGAUAUAAAUGAACUUCAGGCUACGUUAGAUAAAAAAGCAGAUAAAGAACAUACACAUGAAUCCUUCACUACUGUUAGAGCAGACGACAUAAUAUUGAACUAUACCCUUGGUUCAAGUGCACCUUUAGAGAAUCCAAGUACAAGCGUAAAAGAUACACUAAACUCCUUAAAUAACAAAUGUAUGAAUAUCGAAGGUCAUGUCAGAAACUUUGAAACACAUGAACUACCAGCAAUGUUAGAUAAGAAAGCUGACAAAGAACAUACACAUAACUCCUUCUCAACUGUUAGAGCAGACGACAUAAUAUUGAACUAUACUUUAGGUUCAAGUGCACCUUUAGAGAAUCCAAGUACAAGCGUAAAAGAUACACUAAACUCCUUAGAUAACAGAUGUAUGAACAUUGAAGGUCAUGCCAGAAACUUUGAAGCAUAUGAACUACCAACAAUGUUAGAUAAGAAAGCAGACAAAACAGAGCUUCAAACAAUGAAGACUGAAAUAUUUCAAACCAUAUAUCCUGUUGGUUCUAUUUAUACGUCAAUGAACUCAACAAAUCCAGCAAGUGUUUUAGGUUUUGGUGAAUGGAAGCAGAUUGUAGACAAAUUCUUAUACUGUGCUAAAUAUUCAAAGCAAACAGGAGGCUCAAAGAAAAUUAAAGAAGCAAACCUUCCACCGCACACUCAUACAGGAACGACAAACUUUUCUGGCGACCAUAUACACUCAUUAAGAGACCAUCCAUUAUACAACUCAGAAUAUGAAGCUGGCAAUGACGUUUUAUCUCCAUCUUAUAACAAUUCAGCAAAAAAGACUUUUCGACAAACUGAACCAGGAGGAAAUCAUUCACACACUUUCACAACAAAUCCAACAGGCUCGGGUGCAGAUUAUAUGCCACCAUUUGUGACUGUAUUCGCAUGGUACCGCGUUCAAUGA